AUGACGUUGGAGGAUCCACAAGGUCAAGAAUCUUCAUGGCCACCACCACCAUCUCUUUCUGAAGCGGAGGAACGGACUAUAGCACCUGGAUAUUCUUUUGACUUACCUGACCCACCUACAGAAAUGGAUCAGAUGGAUUCAGAGACCGAUAAACUCGAUAUUUCUGAUGAAGAAAUGAAAGCCACUGGUUUACCAUCAGAUGAUGAUGAAAAAUCUGAUACAAUAGCUGGUGACGGUGUGGCAGAAAACAAUCGUCCAGGGAAAGAAAUCAACGCCGUCAUGAAAUCGACGGCCAAUGGUGGAUCGUCUGACGGAUCAGUGGACGCAGCGAUGGCUGUAGCGCAAGACAACGGGGCUGAUGACCGGGCGGCUACCACCAUUCAGGCAGUGUACCGUGGUUUUAGGGCCCGGAAGUACGUGGAGGCGGUUAAUGCAGCCGCGGUAAAGAUCCAAGCGGGUUUCCGGGGAUACCGAGUCAGACAGUCCCUGAAGAACGCGGCUCCGUCUACGGCCACAACGACCACCGAUGAGAGCCAGUGUUGGUCAGAUGACGACCAAAAGUCAGUUGUGUCCGUCACCUAUACACCGCUCAAAGAAUACGGAUAUGAGCCCCGUGGUGUCGGUGACGGACGAGGGGACGGUGAUGAUGGCAGUGAUAACAGUGAUGAUGGGCAAAUUUCCGGUGUUGUUACUAGUGUUACUAGUGAUAARGUUUCCAGUGUUCCCAGCGACAUUGGUGGCGGUGAAGGUGAAAGUGGUGGAGGUUAUGGUGGUGGUGAUAGUGUUGGGGGAGGUACUGUCGGAGGUGUUCAUGUUGGCGCAGGCGUUGAAGUCGGUGGUGUUGGUGUUUACAAGGUGGACGAAGAUGACGACGAUCAGCUACAAACGGGCGACGACGAAGUUUUCGAGCGCGAUGACAACGAAAUCGGUGGCGGAGGUGGCGUUGGAAAUUCGACAACAAAUCCAAYCAUCACUUUGUCGGGAACCGCGAAUGCGACCGAAGUAUCCACACAGGAUGACGCAACCGAAGCGGAGGCGCUGGUACAAGCUGCUAUAAAAAUUCAGGCUAGGGUCCGUGGUUUUGCAGCCAGAAAACGCAUGAACGAAGAAAAGAAUGAUGGUGCCGAAAAGAAAUAAACAUGUCUCAAUAGUUAUAUUAAUAAUAUAAUAAUAAUAAAUAUGUUAUUAAAAAAUAUAUCACACUCCUUGAUUUUAAAAAAAUCGAUGAUUUUCGUUUUUCUCUCUUUCUCCAUCUGUUUCUCUAAACUUUUAUCCAUCGACCUGUCCGCCUAUAUAUUUGUCCAACAUGCCUCAUUUUUAAUUAUGUCAGCCUUAUAAUAAUAUUAUAUAAUAAUAAUUUUAAUUUAAUUUUCACAUACACGGUCGACAGACAUUAAAAAUAUUACGCGUACGAAUUAUUACAGUUUAUACUCUGUAUACGAUUGUUUCACAAUUACUGACACAAAACAAUAUAUGUACGAAAGAACAAAAAUAAUUUUUAAAAAUCUUAAAGAUGUUUAAAAAAUACGCAUGUAUUAUUUCGAUUGGACUAUGUUAUUUUGCUAUUUUUGUGAUACAUUCGAAUCUGAAUAGUAAUUUUUAUUAUAACGCAACAAUUUAAUAUUUCUAAUAUUAUUCUUUAUCACCGACACAAGUUCUUCGCAUCUUACCAUAAACCGUACUUGCACAUUAAAUUAAUUUCACACUCUAUAGAAGCUUACAGAUAUUAGUUUAUUAAGUAUAUUUCUAGUUAUUACAAUUAAUAAUUGGUCUGAGAAUUGGGUAACAUUUUACAACACCAACACUCAAUAUGUCUGUCGCCCGAUAUUUAAAUUUAAUAAUAUAUUCAUAUUUUAUUAUUCUCUAUUCAUUAAGCUUAUAAUAUUUACUCGUUGCCCGAGCAACAUAUUAAUGAAUUAAGUAGUGUUUAAAGUGAACCUUAAUUUGUGGUCUCAUGUAUUUUGCUUGUCAAUGAUUCAAUUAAGAUUAAAACAAAUAUUGGACAAUUUAGUGGAGAUAUAUUAAUAAUUGUUAUGACUACCCGUUAUCCUUA